ACAAAACCUAAACGAAAAUGGAACCUUUCUCCCAACACUCUGCCGGGUUUGUUAAUCUAUUAGCUUCGCAGAGCAAUCAAGAAAUAGACGUUGACUCUGCUGAGGCUAAUGGUAACUCGCCCGGUUUAGUUAAGCCAUUGGACAGGAGAAAGUGGGGACCCAAAGAAGACCUUGUGCUCAUCAACGCUUGGUUGAACACGAGUAAGGAUCCUAUAGUCAGCAAUGAGCAGAAGGCAGGGGCGUUUUGGAAGAGAAUAGAUGAUUAUUUCAACUCAAGCCCUCAGCUCAUUGGCUCCGUUCCUAGAGAAUGGAGUCAAUGUAAGCAGAGGUGGAGAAGGGUUAAUGAGCAGGUGUGCAAGUUUGUGGGUUGCCAUGAAGCCGCUUUGAAGGAACAAGCGAGUGGUCAAAAUGAGAAUGAUGUCAUGAAAGCUGCACAUGACAUCUUCUUAAACGACUAUCAUGCCAAGUUCGUACUUGAACAUUGCUGGAGGGAGCUGCGGUUUGAUCAGAAAUGGAGAUCACACUCGUUGUCGAAAGAUGGUGCGAAGGAGAAGAGGAAGGAAGCAGGACCGGAGGUGGUGGCUGACGACGAAGAGGUUAGGCCUCCUGGUGUUAAGGCGAGCAAAGCAGCGAAGCGCAGGAAGCAUGGGAAUGAAGCAGCUUAUGAUCAAGUACAGAGCAUGUUAGCUAUGAAAAAUACCAUUUCGAAACAAAAGAUCCUAGAUCGUCUCCUUGCCAAAAAUGAAGAAACACUUUCUAAUCAAGAACUAUCCCUUAAGAAAAAACUAAUAUCUGAAAUGCUUUAAUUUGGUGAGUGACUUGUAUUUUAGGUUGAUUUGCUUAGGUUGAAUCGAUGAACUAGUUGGUUGAAUUCGAGAGUUUGCUUGGGUUGAUUCCUUGAACUUGUUGGUUGAAUGCUUGAACUUCUUUAUGAGUCGAACAAAUUGUUUAUGUUUAGCUGUAUUGACUCUGUUUUCUUAUCUUUUGCAGGUCUGAGAGUGCAGGUCACGGGUUGGAGUUAAGGUGUUGGAGGUCAGUAGUUGUUGCAGGUGAAGCCUUGUUGUUUGUUUGUCACGGGAUAGUGUAGGCUUGUGUAUCUUUCUACACUAGUUUUCAAUCACGGAUGAUGUACUAUGUAUUGUGUCAGUGACAAGUUGAUUCACGGAUGUAAUAUGGUUUCGAACUCUAUAUAUUAUUGCACUUCUAUUACUUUCAAUUGCUCACAUCUCUCACUUUAACACAAUUGCACUUAUCUCACUUCAAAACAAUUGCACUUCUAUUACUUUCAAUUGCUCAUGCACCAAGUAAGAACAACCUCACUACAACAGCUCUCAUCGUUCAUCUUCAGAAAGUAACUCCAAGUCCGGACCAGCUCACUACAACAGCUCUCAUCGGGACAAUCUCUCAUCUUGAAGAACGAAGUCAGCUCUCCUCUCCAUCUUCACAUACAGAAACAAAAUCAAACACGGAACAAGGAAGGAAAACAUAAAUAAAGUGCUUGACAAAUGUCUUCCUCAUCAACGGAUGAAGUUGAUGAAGCUUUAGACGAAAUAGUCGACCAAGUAGUUGACAAUUACAUCGACGCAAUAGUUGAUGGUCAAGCCAACAAGCCGAGGAGACGAGCUUAUAUCGAAAGAGAUCGGGAAGUAGGACACACUCAACUAUGGAACGAUUCUUUCACGGAAAAUCCUACAUACCCACCGGAAUUGUUUAGGCGGCGUUUUCGAAUGAACAAGCCAUUGUUCCUUCGCAUUGUCGAACGCCUAAGUAGUGAAGUUCCUUACUUUCAGCAAAGACGAAAUGCUCACGGAAGGAACGGGCUAUCUGCACUUCAAAAGUGUACGGCAGCUAUACGUAUGCUGGCAUAUGGUCAAUCGGGAGAUACAUAUGUCCGACUUGGUGACAGUACAUCACGUUUGUGUUUGGCAAAUUUCACUGAUGCAAUAAUACAAUUGUUUGGAAAAGAGUAUCUACGAAAACCUACAGCCGAGGAUCUUCAACGAUUACUCGAUGUUGGAGAGGUACGGGGGUUUCCGGGGAUGAUAGGCAGCAUCGACUGUAUGCAUUGGGAGUGGAAAAACUGCCCAACGGCUUGGAAAGGUCAGUUCACACGUGGUUCAGGAAAGCCGACAAUUGUCUUAGAAGCCGUGGCAUCACAAGAUCUUUGGAUAUGGCACGCAUUUUUCGGCUUAUCAGGUACCCUCAACGAUAUCAAUGUUCUUGAUCGAUCACCUGUUUUUGAUGAUGUCUUACAUGGUCGAGCACCUAAAGUUAAGUUCAAGGUCAACAACCACACUUAUCGUAUGGCCUACUAUCUUACUGACGGAAUUUAUCCAAACUGGUCAACAUUUAUCCAAUCCAUCCCACUUCCUCAAGGUCCUAAAGCCGAGAAAUUUGCAGAAAAGCAAGAAUCCGCCAGAAAAGAUGUCGAACGGGCUUUUGGAGUAUUGCAAUCGAGGUUUGCAAUUGUUAAAAACCCCGCUCUACAAUGGGACAAGGAAAAGAUAGGAAAGAUAAUGAGAACUUGUGUUAUAUUGCACAAUAUGAUAGUAGAGAACAAACGACACGGAUACGCUCAAAUUGAUACUUCUGAGUUCGAGUCAGGAGAAUCAAGCAGAAGUUCGAGGGUGACAAGGAGAGAAAGUAUUCAUGUCGGUGAUAUGUUAGGCAUGCGCAGAAAAGUUCGAGAUCCAGAGAAGCAUGCUCGUUUGAAAGCUGAUUUAAUGGAAAAUAUAUGGCAAAAGUUUGGUGAUGAAGAUGAAUAAGCUUUGUAUGUUAUUAAAUUUCUUGAUUUAUGUAAUCUACUCUUAAUGUAUUGAAUAAAAAGUUUUAAAAUAUUUAUAAUAUAUUUUAAUAUUUUAUUCAUGUAUUCUGAAUAUUUUGAAACUUUUAAAUAAUAAAAUAAAUAUUAUUAUUUUAUUCUUAUGAACUCGUUCUUGAAAUUCACCAAUGCAGAAAACAACAAAUACAGAUUCAUAACUAUUCAUGAACCUACAAAAAAAAAUUAAAAAAUCUUUGUGAACCCCAAAGGGUUCCCCAAUGCUCAUACUCUGAUUUAUUAAUUCCAUCGAAAUCAUGGAAGCUCGAGAUAUCCCAACCCCAAGAUACCAAUAAAAAAAUCCCUUUUAGCACUUAAUCAAAAUUAUUAUCAAAUUAUUUUUAAUUUUAAUUAGUUUUUUACGUUUAAAAAAAUACAUAUAGAUACAAAUAAAACCUAAACUUUGAUUCUCGUCAUGUUUUCUUCAAGACUUCAACUCCUCUCUCACGUUGGCCUUCCUCUUGUGCUCUACUCCGUUCAAUGAUAACUUUGAGAUCUUCUUUUUUUUUCUCCUCAAAAUCUUGUCUUCUUCUUUUUCUCAGUAAACCUAGUAUUCACAAAACCCUACUUUAUUAAUUCCAUCGAAAUCAUGGAAGCUUGAGAUAUCUCCAACCCCAAGAUACCAAUAAAAAAAUCCCAUUUAGCACUUAAUCAAAAUUAUUAUCAAUUUUUUUAAUUUUAUUUAGCUUUUUACAUUUAAAAUAAAAAUACAUACAUAUACAAAUAAAACCUAAACUUUGAUUCUCGUCAUGUUUUCUUCAACUUCUCUCUCACGUCAGCCUUCCUCUUGUGCUUACUCCAGUUCAAUGAUAACUUUGAGAUCCUCUUUUUUUUUCUCCUCAAAAUCUUGUCUUUUUCUUUUUCUUAGUAAACCCAGUAUUCACAAAACCCUACUUUAUUAAUUCCAUCGAAAAUGGAAGCUCGAGAUAUCCCCAACCCCAAGAUACCAAUAAAAAAAAAUCCAAACCUAUUUCCGCUUCGCUGCCUUUGAUCGCAAGACAUUAAAGUCAAAAGAGCUAUGUAAGCAUCGUGAAAUCGAGUUUCUUAAAUCUUAAGAGUCUCAUGAUCGUAAAUAAGCCAAAAGAUGUUUACUGUGAAUUUGUUCUUUCCUCUACUCCUACGUCUUUUAUUGGUAAGUCAAACUUUACUGUGAGUUAAGCGAAUGAGUUUCAACUUGCAAACAGAUUAGACUAUGAAACUAGCGGCAUGAUGCUCAUAACUAACUCCCAUAAGCUCUCUCCAUCGGACCUUCCCCGAAUUUGAACAUAAUCAUGAUUAAGUCAGGUCAUUUACGGUCUAAACACAUAUCUUGACGUGUGUAUUCUGCCUUGGACGUUAGUAGAGUUUUAGAGGGAGGUGUGGGAGAGUCCGGACCAAUUCAGGUAGCUCUUGAUCCUAUUUCAAGUGCAUUACUUGUCAGAGUUUCUCUUAGUGUCCAUCGUUGAUGGUUUGGCCUUCUCAUUUCCACGUUUAAGAUUUGGACAACUAGUGAGUUUUAGGGGCACAUAUACAAAUUGACUAGCGGAGACUUGCCAUUUUGUUCAAUUUUCUUCUUAGCCGUAAGAAUUUAUAUCUUCCUUUGGGAGCGUUUACAAUAGUUAGUGGGCGUACUGCUAUUGUGAGUUAUGUUUUUUUUUUUGUUGGUCAAAUCCUUGUUGUCACCAUGCAAGGGUGGAUCAGCACCUUACACUGAUCAAAUCCUUAUUGCCACCAUCCAUUUGCUUUUGACUUUUGAAUCUCUCAUUUUGUCCAAGUCUCUUAGUUCCUCUUUCAGGUUAUGAUCAAGGUUUGCUAGGUGUGUAGACGACAAACGCAAGGAGAUUGGCAUUAUAGAAAGAUUUUCAAUCCAAAACAAAGAACUUAUGCUUCCAUUUUUUUAUGUUUGUAAAAAUUAAUUAUUCUAUUCUAAAAUCAGUUUGUUUCUGUU